CGCAUUAAGCGGCCUGCGGUGUUCGUUACUGCUGCCUAUGAUAACGUCGCUGGGGUUCGGCUGCCCGUCUUUCAGGUUACUACAGAUCCUACUGUCGACAUUCUAAAGAAUAUAAACCUCUCUGCUGGCGGCCACGUAAUCCUCGCGGCCCGCGACAAAUAUCAAGAGGCGCUGUCUGACUUGGUGAAGCUGGCAUCUCUUCAGACGGCUUUCUUCACGUUGGACUCGGAGAUUAAAAUGACAAACCGACGCGUCAAUGCGCUCAACAACGUGGUGCUUCCUAAGUUAGACAAAAGCAUAACGUACAUAACGAAGGAGUUGGAUGAGAUGGAACGAGAAGAGUUUUUUAGACUGAAGAAGAUCCAGGAGAAGAAGAAAAUAGCUAAGGAGGCGGAGCAGAAGGCCCUGGAGGAAGCAGUGAAGUUAAUGG